AUGACACUCUCACAGAACUCCAUUCCAGUUCUCCAAGCAAAAACCAUGAAUCGGCACAUAACCACUAACUUUGAAAUUCCAACAGGGUCCUUUGCCUUGUUCACAAUUACUACGUUAACAAUAUUGGUAGCAUUUUAUGAUCAAGUAAUUGUCCCCAUACUUGCAAAGUACACUGGAAAGCCAAAUGGGAUCAGUGCAACAAUAAGAAUGGUUUUCGGAUUACUGCUCUCAUGCAUAGCCAUGGCUGUUGCAGGAAUAGUAGAACGCAUUCGCAGAAGAAAUUCAGUCGAAGAGAACUUUUCCAUAUCGGCACUAUGGUUAGUGCCACAAUUUUGUUUGAUUGGUUUAGCGGAGGCUUUUAAUGCAAUUGGACAAAUAGAAUUUUAUUACAGGCAGCUUCCAAAGAGCAUGUCUAGCGUUGCAGUGGCAUUUUUCACAUUGGGUACAGCUUUUUCGGGUUUGUUAGGGGGUUUAAUCAUAAGUGUUGUUGAUAAAGUUACCAAGAGUAGUGAUAGCAAAGAGAGUUGGGUGUCCAGUAACCCUAAUUUGGGUCACUAUGAUUACUAUUAUUGGUAUCUUACUUUCUUGAGUGUCGUCAACCUUUUCUACUUUGUAAUUUGUUGUUGGUGCGCUGGGCCAUGUGGAGAAGAGGAAAAUACUAGGGCUUCUGAUGAUGGAGCAGAAGUUAAUGAAGGGAUGUUGGAAAACUCUUAG